AUGCUAGACGUAGAAAAGAUAGAAAAUGAUUCUAUUAAUAAUGAAAGAUCAAUAACUGAAAAACUUGUGCUUGUACACACUGUUCACGAAGUGCAUGUUCAUAAUCAAGUAAUUUAUCUAGAUCUACCAAGUGAAGAAGCCAGAAUUAAUAAUUUAAUCAACUACAUAGCUGUCGGUUGUGUGCAACUUGCCAGGCAAUUUUGUUCAACAAGUCAGAAACCCUCUGUUUCUCAAGAAACUACUUAG